AUGAGAAAGUUCAUAUUGAUCUUGUUGUUUGUAUUGCACCUUGCAAGUGCUUUGGAUAAAUCGCUGCCGCGGAUAAUAUCCAAGUUCAGCGACAAGCAUAUCAUUAACCAUGCUGGAGAUGGUCCACGCGUACCUGGUAGACAGAAACCUGCAAGAGAUUAUAGGAAGCUAGUCCAGUUUGCUAAUUUGGCCACGGUGGGGUAUUGUGUUACCAAGGGGUUGGAGACUGGGUUAUUGGGUGAUCCCUACACUAGUUGUCUCAUUAAGGCUUGCCAGAAUUCCAAAUUACGAGAUGUUGAAAUUGUCAAGAUUUUUGAUUUUAAUAAUCGUGGAGAAGUGGGGACUGGAUUUUAUGCUCUUGAUAAGAAACGAAAGACUAUUAUUUUGGUAUUUCGAGGCACAGCAUCCAGGCGUGACUGGUUUACCGAUGUGAAUUUUGUGCCGGUGUCAUUCACCCCACUUGUCUAUGAUGAAACCUUUUCUCAGCAGUUGUUUAUUCUGCGUGAAUGUGAAGGUUGUAAGGUACAUCGAGGGUUUUAUAAUUUCUUGAAGGAUAACUCGGCGGCAAUUAUAUCUGUGGGUGUUAAAUUAAAGAGCAAAUACCCUGAUUUUCAAUUUUUGGUUGUGGGGCAUUCCUUAGGUGCUGCAUUGACUGUGUUGUGUGGAAUUGAGUUUCAAUUGCUUGGAUAUGACCCAUUGGUUGUUACAUUUGGGGGGCCCAAGGUUGGAAACCAACAAUUUGCCGACUUUGUCGAUUACUUGUUUGAUACUGAAGAGGUUGUGCGAGAAAUUUCCGCUACCAAGGAUUUCACUAGAGGUUAUAUUAGAGUUGUCCAUAAGCGUGAUAUUGUACCUUCAUUGCCACCAUACCCAUUUGUUCAUGCUGGGUUUGAGUAUUUUAUUAAUGCCAGACAGUUACCUCAUACUGAAGAAGAUUUAGAAAGACGGGGAUUGGAUUAUUCCAACGUUUUAACGAAGCGAGAUGACGAACUCUACAAGAGAAAUUUUGAUGGGUUUGAACUCAAGCCAUCAAAAUUAUGGCCUGAGCAAUUGGGGAAGUAUGAACACACCCAUUACUUUAGAAAAAUUACUAGUUGUAAACCUGGAGAUUAG